CUAUCAUGUCUGCAUCAAAGCACGUCGACACUGGAGAGUUUGCUCACCAUGAGGAUCUCGACCAAACCUAUGUGAAAACAGAUCGAACUACUGAUACGGAGAAACCUGAUCCCCACGCAACACAAGCAGCCACCGUGAUUAGCCCGGCUACCAACAGCCGGCUCUUUUGGAAGAUCACUCGUCGAAUUCUGGUCAUCCAAAUUGUAACCUACUUUUUCCAGUCCCUGGACAAGGGCAUACUGAACUAUGCGUCUAUCAUGGGUAUCAAGACUGAUACGCAUCUGGUCGGGCAACAGUAUUCAUGGCUGGGCUCGAUCCUGUAUUUCGGUAUUCUCGUCGGCGAGUACCCACAGAAUUUUCUCUUGCAGAAGCUGCCCUUGGCGAAAAUGUUAGCCGUCAACGUUUUUAUCUGGGGUGCCAUCGUCGCGUGCUCAGCUGCAGCCACCAACUUUGCAGCCCUGAUGGUGGUACGAUUCUUGUUGGGCUUCUUCGAGAGCUGUAUUCAACCGGCCAUGAUGUUGCUAACAUCGAUGUGGUAUCGGCGCGAGGAACAAUCUGUCUUGAACUCCAUCUGGUACUGCAUGACCGGAGUGCAGCUAAUGGUUGGUGGCCUUUUGUCUUUCGGUGUGUCCAAGUUCCAAGGCGGGCCGAUCUUCAAUUGGCAGUUGUUGUUCCUCGUUCUGGGAUGUGCAACGUGCGUCUGGUCCUUUUUCAUCGGGCUCUUCCUUCCCGACUCCCCCUACUCCGCCAAGUGCUACACCGAGGAGGAAAGAAUCUUAAUGAUCGAACGCGUGCGAGACAACGAAACAGGGAUCUCGAACAGGGAGUACAAGAAAUACCAAGUGGUGGAGGCUGUUACGGAUCCCUUUGUGUGGUGCUGUGUGCUAAUGAUCUUGGUGGCCAACCUUAUCAUUGGGGGUCUGGGGGUCUUCUCCAACCUUAUCAUCGAGCAGUUUGGGUUCACACUUCUCCAGACCCAGCUGCUGAAUAUUGCGCAAGGAGCAUGGACUAUCGGUGUCAUGGUUGGGUCGGCUUGGACCGCUCAGCGAAUCCAGAGAACCUGCUUGGUCAUGCUGCUGUGGGCACUUCCUGCCAUUGCAGGCACCAUCUGCAUCCUCGUCGUGACGCCGUCCUCAUCAAACAGCGGGGGCAUGCUCAUCGCUUUCUACUGCACGCAGUGCUUCCUGGCCGAGGGCAACCUGAUCAUCUCUCUGGUCACACGUAAUAUCGGCGGACAGACCAAGAAAGGCAUAACCAUGACCAUGAUCUUUAUCGGGUGGGCGGUCGGCAAUCUGGUGGCUCCGCAGAUCUUCCAGAAUGCCGAUGCCCCCCGAUACCUGCAUGGAUUUCUGGCGCACAUCGUGAUCUACGGUGUUUAUGGUGUUCUGGUGGUGGGGACAUGGUUGUUAUUGCUGGCCCGGAAUCGCCUUAAGAUCCAGGCUGCGCCGGAUAUGAAUCACGACUUGGCCUUUGACGAUCUGACGGACAAGGAGAAUCCGAAUUUUCGCUAUGUACUCUGAUUCCAUGUCCAAGGGAUGGGAGUUGGUCACGACCAUCUGGCAGAGUCGUAUUUUCUUUUAGGUGUUUGGGUACCCGAAAUGUGGUGUCUAGAAUGCAGCAUUGCGGAAUUAGGUUCUUUCUCAUGACAUAGAG